CAAACGAGGUUUUUGCGAAUGCUCGCAGCGAUUUCAUCGGGCUCGAGGGUUUAUGAACCCAGUAUCCGCGGUAAAACUUCGACUUUGUUGAAAAACUUUAUUUCGACGUCACUUCGGCCGGUUGAGACCACGCUUCGUGCUGCACAUCCUGAUCGAUCGUCGUGCUCGUCUUUUCGUCGCGAGAAGUCGGCACUUCAACCGCCUGUUCCCGACCGUACUUGCUCUGGCAGGCUCAACUCGGGAUAACCGGACCGGACGUUAAAGGGAUGGGCGCAUCGCUGUGUGCUUGUAUACUUCUUUUCCACUUUUCCCUGACGAAAGGAUUGGAUCCAGAUAGUGAUAUUGCAGAUGAUUACACAGGGAAGUUUCAUGCUUUUUAUGGGAAGCGAACGUGUUCAAGUGUUCACAUUCACUUUACUAAGUCAAAGAGUCCUGUAACUGAAUUAGCGGUGUCUGCUAGUUUGAUGGAGGUAUACAAAAUCCGUUCUAUUCCCCCACGACGGCAUAUGACUCAAGACGUGACGCACUAUAGUGGCGACAACGAACUUGCGCCACUGUCAAUCUCUUCUUCUCGCUUGAACCAUAGCUCGAUUAUUCCACAGGCUGACUCGUUGUUUUUGUACCAGCGGACUGCGAACUUGGAUCCUCUCACUUCUGGUCAUGUAAUCGCUCUCUUCAAUUUAUCUCCAGUGUCUGGUCCGCGGGAGGGUGGAACCGACAUUACUAUCCGUGGCUCGGGUUUUUUUCACACUGGUCGCGAGUUGUGCCGUUUCAGUUGCUUGUACGCUGGCGUUGACUGCGGUUCAGUUAUGGUUCCCGCUCAGGUUGUUACUAAUACGAAGGCUUACUGCACUUCUCCUUUUAACCGCUUCGCUGGUACAACGUACAUUUCUUUAUCUAUGGAUGGCACGACGUAUAGUGCCGAUUUCUUUUCUGCGUUGCACCCGAGCGGAACGUUACUGUUUACAUACCGGAGCACUCGACCCUCCGGACAAUUUACCAUGGACAACAACACUGGUCCCUUUUCUGGUGGCACUGUGAUCACUAUCACUAUAGACCAACCGCAUGAGAACAAUGACGACGGAAUAGAUGUGUCUGGCUACAGCAGGUUUGAGCCGUCGAGUCUGAAUAGUUGUCUUUUCAAAUUUUCAUUCACCACAUCAGUCAGAAAUAGUAUAAGUUUAUAUACUGAGGCAAAGUGGCUAACAUACCGAAGAAUACAGUGCGCAUCCCCCCCUUGCGUUUCACAUUCUUACGAGACGGUGCUCGCCACACUUUUUGUUAGUAAUGAUGGGCUACAAUACAGUAAGGAGAUUGGAAAUUUCACAUAUAGAAACACUGUUCCAAAACUUUUCAAAAUAUCAACUAUGCAAGAAGCCGGUGCAUAUGUUGCACGGGGACCCUGGAGCGGGAACACCGAAGUAUACGUGAUAGGCAAUGACUUUCUCCCAUCAGAAAAAUUGAAGGCUCGGUUUGUGGCAGUUGUGAAAGACCUGAGCGAAAACUUCACUGGUGUACUUGAGAAGAAAGAAGGCGAAUGUUUAUUUGAUACAGCGGAGCGGGUUCGCUGCAUAUCUCCUCCUUGGUAUCCUUCUGAUUCUCUGAUGACUCAGUCAGGUGACCUGCAGCCAUGUUUCCUUACCAGUGUGCACUUGUCUAAUGACGACGGUAAGCAUUGGUCAGCUGACAUAUCUGACAAAUUUCUUUAUUGCCCUGUUUAUGUCAGCACAUACGGAAGCAACAGCCUGGGAGAGGGAACGCCCAGAUUGCCAUUUAGGGAUUUAAAUCGCGCCGUUCAAGCGAUACUGGCAAAUCCUUGGAAACGGCGAAAGAAAUUUCGUUCGAGUGUGCAAAAUACCUCUUGCUUGGGAAGCCAACGCUUCGGGGGUCAGCCCCACUGCCAAAACACUUUUCAUUACAUAAAUAGCGAUCAAAUCUUGCUUACAGACGGUAUUUAUCAGGAUACAGCAGAUAUGUCUGGUGCAGGGUGGAAUCUGAAUCUUGCUGCCCAUGGGCGAGUUAUCGAGGUGCUUGCUCAAAAUGCAGGGCGUGUCUUCCUUGACUGCACAAACAAAAACAUAGAAGUGUUGCACGCGACAUACGAAAUCAAUGGUCAUGAACCUGAUGUCGAGCAGCGAGGCUCUAUAUCGUUCAAAGAUGUUGGUAUUGUGAGGUGUACUGGGUUCAUCAGAUGGGAGUUGUUUGACUACCACUGGCGUGUGACCCAGUCACUAAAUAUCAUGCCAUUUUUGUCUUCAGAGUUGCUUAGCAGAGUUUCUGUUUGCAAGUUCGAACCGUUUUUGUAUGGCUUACCAGUAAUUUGGGGUCAUACUGACGAAACUGGACCUAUUUAUAUUCCAGAGAGAAAUCACUUGAGAAAAGUGCCAGAUGAAACUUCUCCUUUUUCAGGGUUGAUAUACUUGUGUAGAACGUUGGGAAGUUCAGCACUGCUCAAUCCUGGAACACCGCCUGCCCAAGGAAAUUCGAUUGAAGCAUCACUGCAAACCUCGAUUAAAGCGCAUUAUCCGUUUGACAGACGCCAAUUGCUCUCUGAAGAGCCAUUUGUAUUGUAUGCUGCCAAAAAAUGUAGAAACUUGCUACUUGGGAGUGGUUCCGGAUGCGUGCAUGAACACCUGGAAUAUGUUCUUUACAAAAAAACGGUGCAAAGAAACGUACAGAUUCGACCAAGCUAUUUACAACUAAAACCUAUAGGCUCUGAUCAAACAUCGAAGAAGUCUUUUGUAACUCGAGAACUUGAGGAGCAUUCUUUUGUAAUUGGAAAAAGCUUGCUUUUGUUCAGAGCUUCCAGAAACCACAAAGAAUAUCAGUUGCAGAACAUUGUUUUGCCAAAAAAACACCGUAUCAGAGCAAAACGUCAGUUAUUCCAGGGUUCUCGAGGCGGAUCAUUUCCGGUUGAUUGAUUGUCUGACAAUGGACACAAAGAGGCUACAGGCAUGUGCGCGCGCUUAUGUUCUUUUAGAGUUGAAUAAGCAUGUUGAAGUUCACUUCAGAAAAUAAAUCAAAUAAAUCAAAGUGUAAUUACUUCGCGAAUUCAGCGAACCACGCAGCAGUAUCAACCCAAGUUACAUGAUUAGGCUGUCGAUCUCCUCUGAAUAUAGAGAAACAAAUACUACUACCUCAAAGCAAAUCCAAAAAGAUUCUCAUUCGAGCUUUCAAAUCUGUCGCUACCUUAUCUGCAGCAUUAUCUGGCACCCCUUUUUCAUUCUCUGACCUCUUUUCUGAGGCUUGCGGCCCACUUUCAGCAACACGGGCGUACAAGUAUGCGAGCUUAGAAAGUUUCAUUGCUUCAACACCAUUAAUGGCAAAUAUUUCUGGUGAGUGAACACGCCACGCCCAAUUUCCGCGA